GAGUGUGACUCAUCCCAAGAGCACAUCCAGAAUUCCCUAGUGUGCAAAACAUUUCCUGUGGGUUGGAAGAAAGUUGUCUGAUGACAUGGUGCUGAGUCUUCUCAAUUCCAGCUGAGCUCUGGAAUGGCCAGCCAGAAAACAGAGGUUCAGAGUGUGAUACUAUAUAAUGAUUCAAUGAUAGAAGGAAUAAGUGACCAGGUGCUGCUGGCAGUAGUGCUCAGCUUCACAUUCAUUGCUGCACUGGCGUAUAUGCUUUUAAGAAAUGGGCAUCCAGAUAUUCAUCCAGACAAUCAGGAGCUUGUAAGAGCAGUUAGACAACAAAUACAAUCAGAACAGGAGAAUGCAGUUGAUGACAGGCAGCGUUUCUACACUGAUAUGUCCUGCCCAGUAUGUCUACAACAGGCUACAUUUCCUACUGAAACAAACUGUGGGCAUCUUUUCUGUGGUCCCUGCAUUAUUGCAUAUUGGAGAUGUGGAUCAUGGCUAGGUGCGAUACAUUGCCCCAUCUGCAGACAGACGGUAACUUUAUUUUUACCACUCUUCAAUGAGGGGCAAGAGGAUGCAGUACAGGUGCUUCAGGAUGUCAGUGAUUACAACAGAAGAUUCUCAGGACAGCCAAGAUCAAUUAUGGAAAGGAUUAUGGAUUUGCCCACACUAUUGCGUCAUGCAUUCAGAGAAAUGUUUUCCGUUGGAGGUCUUUUCUGGAUGUUCCGCAUCAGAAUAUUCCUCUGUCUUCUGGGAGCUUUGUUGUAUUUGGCAUCUCCCCUGGAUUUUCUACCUGAAGCCCUGUUUGGAAUUCUGGGAUUUUUAGAUGAUUUCUUUGUGGUCUUUGUGUUACUCAUAUAUAUAUCUAUCAUGUACCGAGAGGUUGUAACUCAGAGGCUGAAUAGAUGAAGACAAGUUUCAGUGACUAAUAUUCAGGACCAUUAAGGAGGAUGCUUCAUUAAAUGAGCCACUAUGAAGAAAAGCAUCUUGACACACUUUCAGUUUCUGCUGUUCAAUAGCUUCUAGCCAAACAUCUUAUGCAAGCAUGAAGAAUUGAAAUCAUGAUAAUUAGUGAACUGGAAUUUAAGUGUGUGUUAUAUAAAAGAGAUUUAAUUCAAGAUAUAAUACAUGCCUUCAUAUGUUUACAACAGAUGGAUACUUGUAUGUUAUUCAAGGUGCCAUUAGUUAUGAAAGGGAUUUUGCUGGGAAAUGUUUAACAAAAAAAAAGUAUUUGAAUGAGCUGGAUAUAUACUUAAGGCACUGUUCAAUGUAUAAUUUCAUAUUGAGUGUACACUUUAAAAGACUGUUUCAUGUUUCACUAUGGGUGUGGGGGGAUUAUUUGUUUUUUAAUAAAAUAGUUCAUCAUCUCUAAAGAACAGCUAA